AUGACUCGACUUCGAAUAGCGUUAGCUGUGCUCAUUGCUUUCAUUGAUUUCACAACUACGGAAAGUAUUGACUUUGACUGGAACUUUUUGAACCACGAUGAUGAUUCCGUACCCGAUUCAUCCGCCAAACUAACCGAGCCCCCGGCUUCAUCAAGUAGUUCGUUACAUGACGAAACAAGUUCCUCAGCCGACAUCCACGCGAAAUCUGCUGCUGCCAUAAGUACUAUCAAAUCAACCUAUCGCAACUGGGUGGGUCCCUGGAAGAUGUCGCCGGAUACCGCGUGCUACCGCCAAGCUCAUAUAAUGAACGUUUGCCCCGAUAACUUUGAUCGAAACGAGAUAACAAACACGUGUUGGGCGGAAUGCCCGGUAGAGUAUCCCGUCGAGUGCGGCAUGGAAUGCAUCCGACAAAAUGAUGACUGCGGAAUUGAAGUGACUAGCAAAGUCUCAGCCGUAGCUAUGACAGUUUUCAGCAGUGCAACAUUUGGUGUGUUUGGCGAGUUAGCAAAGCUAGGUAAGACGAUUUCAAGAGCUGUCCGUUGCACCAAUUCGAUGAUGCUGGUGAUGAGAGGAAUUCUCCGAUACAUCCGCACCAUGAAGGCAGAAGAUCCGCAAGCUUCGGAUCGAAAGAUGCUCAUUUUGCUGUACCAGACGAGCACUGUCGUCACGGACUUGCCAAUUGCCAUUACCGUUUGCAUGGGAAAACCAGUGCCAUCAAAUCUUCGAAUGUCACAGUAUGUAUUGUCUACGGCGCAGUGGGUGUUAAUGCAAGCCCUUGCUAAUAACGCUAGUAUCAUUUCAAAUUGGCAACACUUCAAGGCUUUCCUCACGGGAGCCAACUUUACUGAAGCUGCAGUAGAAAUUACAGAGGGAGAGAUCUCAUCGCUUGAGACAGCAAUGAAGCAGAACUCAAGCUGUGGAGGCGAUCUCAUGUCCUUGACUGGACGAGUCUGGUUGACUGUGAACGGGUACAGGGAAGACGUCCCCGGCAUCACGGACGAUGAAAUUCGACUAAAGAUUAGUGACUCAAACCUUGUCAAGUACGAUGUGCCCACGGUGACCAACAACUGCAUGCAGCAAAUGGUUUCUGAAUCGAAUGUGGCGACUGCCUACACAACUCGUGAAACCUUACGCAAAACCUUCGGUGUUAUUAUCAACGACCUGAUAAAGUCCGGGAAAAGCGACAAUGGGACUUCUUUGGAAGAGAAAGAACGAGCAUUCAGGACAAUUGACAUGGGAUUCUCCACUCUCGCUGCAACGUUAAUGGACCCCACGCGCAUCACGUUGCUGUUAUCAGAGUUUAUCCAGACGAUUUGUGGCCCAACCCAGUUCAUGGGCGAGAUCGAUGACGGCACGGAAGCUGCCACACUGGGCUUGAAUACACUGGAGGAUGCCUUCAAAGGCAGCAGCAGCUCUUGGACCAAGAAGGGAGACGGCGUUGUCAUUAUCAACUUCACAAGCACAGACGAAAAAGACGUGAGCGUGAAUAUCAUGUCUGGUGGAGACAAAGUUGAUGAGGUGGCUGUCAAUGCUGGGGAAACUGUCCAGUGGAAGUCGAGCAUUCAAGUAUUAGGGGGCAAGACAUUGUAUCUUGACCGUUGGCGUCCAGGAUUUCUAGGUCUUCCUGGUAAAGGAGGUGGCUCUCUUGUUCUUUGGGUCCCGAAAGGAUCUCAGGGUGGUCAUCUAGAGAUUGAUGCGAAACUCAAUGUAAGCUAG